AUGAAUCUCGACGAUAAUAGAUUCGAAGAUAGUCACGGUACGCGACAAUCUACUGAUUUCGCGGAGAAUAAACAGGCAAAGACCAAAGGCUCGAGCGUUUUGGACAAAGAGGAGCGACGAAAAUGGACCGAAAUGCAGCAUUGCCCAGAUAGCAGUUUCCUGCGUGUACAGUCCUCACAGAUCGAAGACGCCUUUCCAUGUACGCCGCUUCAGGAGGGUCUACUAGCUUUGAGUGCGCAUCUACCAGGCUACUAUGUCGCACAAUACAAAUUACAGCUGCGCCCAGACGUCGACGAUGUCGCUCUACAAGCCACUUGGAGCCAUGCCUAUGCGACGACGCCCAUCCUUAGAACACGCAUAGUUGAUCUCGCCGGCGAGGGCUUGGUACAAACCAUUAUAGACGAGCCAUUCGAAUGGAUGACAGCCGACGAUCUCGAUGGAUAUCUGCGCCAUGACAGUCAGCGGACCACAGGGACAGGGACUCCUCUAGCUUGA